AUGUCUCCAACCAAUACCUCAUGUAUUCACCCUUCAUCCUUUCUGCUUUUGGGAAUCCCAGGACUGGAAAAUAUGCAGUUCUGGCUUGGCUUCCCAUUUGGUACAGCGUAUCUGACUGCUCUCCUGGGGAAUGUCAUCAUCCUCUUUGUGAUCCAGACUGAGCAUAGCCUUCACCAGCCCAUGUUCUACUUACUGGCCAUGCUGGCUCUCACUGACCUGGGUUUGUCCACCGCCACCAUCCCCAAAAUGCUGAGCAUAUUCUGGUUUGGCCUCAGUGAGACUGACUUUGGGGGAUGCUUAGCUCAAAUGUUCUUUAUACAUCUGUUUACAGACUUUGAAACAUUUAUGCUUGUAGCCAUGGCUUUUGAUCGCUAUGUUGCCAUUUGCCAUCCUCUUCAAUACAACACAAUCCUCACCAACAGAACUAUUUGUAUUAUUGCUGGCAUAGGAACAUUGAAAAACUUUGUUUUGGUUUUCCCACUUGUGUUUCUCCUUCUAAGGCUUUCAUUCUGUGGACAUAACAUCAUACCUCAUACUUACUGCGAGCACAUGGGCAUUGCCCGUCUGGCCUGUGUUAACAUAAAAGUCAACAUUUUAUUUGGAUUAAUCCUUAUGUCUGUGAUACUUCUGGAAGUUAUUUUGAUUGCUAUCUCCUAUGUGAAGAUCCUCCAUGCUGUCUUCAGACUCCCAUCUCGGGAGGCCAGACUCAAAGCUCUUAACACAUGUGGUUCCCAUGUGUGUGUCAUCUUAGCUUUCUUUACUCCAGCCUUUUUUUAUUUUAUGACUCAUCGAUUUGGCCACAAUAUUCCACGUUAUAUCCACAUCCUCCUGGCUAAUUUAUAUGUGAUCAUUCCCCCUGCUCUUAACCCCAUUAUUAUGGGGUAA